CUGAGUCCCGGAGACGUGGAGGAGGAGGAGGAGGGGGAGAGCAGGGAUGUUGUGGAAACACAAGAGCAUUAUAAGAGCAGGUGGCGAUCCAUCUGGAUUAUGUAUCUUACUAUGUUUCUCAGUAGUGUGGGUUUCUCAAUUGUAAUUAUGUCUGUGUGGCCAUAUCUCCAAAAGAUUGAUCCGACAGCAGAUGCGAGUUUCUUGGGCUGGAUUAUAGCUUCAUAUAGCAUUGGCCAAAUGGUUGCCUCUCCCCUGUUCGGCUUGUGGUCCAAUUACAGGCCAAGGAGAGAACCUCUCGUUGUUUCAACUGCUAUUUCAGUAGCUGCUAAUUGUCUUUAUGCCUACGUCCAUGUACCUCAUUCACACAACAAAUACUACAUGCUGACUGCACGUGCUCUUGUGGGAUUUGGAGCAGGAAACGUGGCUGUCGUUCGAUCGUAUAUUGCGGGUGCCACUUCUCUUACAGAAAGAACAAGUGCCAUGGCCAAUACCAGUGCCUGCCAAGCAGUUGGCUUCAUAUUAGGACCAGUUUUUCAGACAUGUUUUACACUUAUUGGAGAAGAAGGAAUAACAUGGAAAUUAGUUCAUCUUCAGCUGAACAUGUAUACGGCACCAGUUUUAUUUGGAGCUCUCUUAGGAGUUAUUAAUAUUAUUCUCAUCUUUGCCAUAUUCAGAGAACAUCGAGUGGAUGACAUGGGACGGCAAUGCAAAAGUAUCAAUUUUGAAGGAGAAGAAAGUGGUGUUCUGGAUCAGGACGCAGAAGGAAACAUUGACCAUAUUGCUGUGGUAGCAAUCAAUUUUCUUUUCUUUGUCAUCUUGUUUGUGUUUGCUGUCUUUGAAACUAUAGCUACUCCAUUGACGAUGGAUAUGUAUUCCUGGACCAGGAAAGAAGCCGUUUUUUAUAAUGGAAUAAUCCUUAGUGUGAUUGGCAUUGAAUCGGUUAUUGUUUUCAUGGUGGUUAAAACGCUAUCUAAAAGGACUGGUGAGCGUGCCAUACUCCAUGGAGGCUUACUGAUUGUCUUGGUCGGAUUCUUUAUCUUAUUGCCUUGGGGCAAAAAACUACCAAAUAUCCAGUGGCAAGAAAUAAAGAAUAACUCCGUUCCCAGAACAACUUCCAUUGAAACGUUAAUGCCUUUCUGGGGUUUGCAAGCAAUGGAGCUUCCAUCCAACCGUACAGUGGAACCCGUAGGCUGCCCUGUCACACAGUCCUGGUGCCUGAAUACUCCUAUGAUCUAUCUGGCCCAGUAUAUCAGCUCUGACAUACUAAUAGGAUUGGGCUAUCCAGUUUGUAAUGUCAUGUCCUACACUUUAUACUCAAAAAUUCUAGGACCAAAGCCUCAGGGUGUCUACAUGGGAUGGUUAACUGCCUCUGGAAGUGGAGCACGAAUACUUGGGCCUGUUUUUGUGAGCCAAAUAUACACUCAUCUGGGACCACGUUGGGCAUUUAGCUUAAUCUGUGGAGUAGUUGUAGUCUCUCUCUUACUCUUGGAGAUAGUAUACAAGAGACUAAUUGCAUUUUCUGUCAGAUAUGGAAGGAUGCAAGAAGAGAAUUGUUAAAUAUGUAUUUAAAAAAAAAGUAAAACCAGCCAGAAAUAAUACUUAGUUUAUUACUACUUUUUAAUGAGGAGUACCUAACCACUGACCUUGUUGGCUGUAUGCUAAGAACUGUACGGCUGUACUUGCACAUUGACAGAACACAUAACUUGGUCAUAUCCUAAUACAUGGUUACACCUGCUGCAACAGAGCUUUUGUAUUCUGCUUUUCUAGCAGCAGAGGAAGGGAUGUGAACAAGUUAGAUCAAUACAAUGGCACAUUUGAAGCGUGUACAGUUUAAAUGAUGCACCUGUGUACUGAAUGCAGCUGUGAAGGUCACAGGUUACGUGCACCCUUUCCAGAAAGAGGUAAAAGAAAUAUUAUCUUGAUUCUGUGAAUCAGGAUUAGUAACCCUUUUGUAACUACAAGAUUAGUUGAGCUGCAUGCACUUUGUAUGGAAACAUCACUACUUAAGCGAACCUUCUGAUGUUCAGUUUGCUAGCUUGUAAGCACUGGUUAAUCCAAAAUGUCUGACUGGAAACUGUUACAUGUCAGCACAUCUUCUCCAGGAUUUCAAAUGAAAUGUGACAGAAUUGUAGAGGAAGGUAGGUGCCUACUUCACAAGCAGUUUAUGGGGGAUUUGGGUAUUUAAGUUGGUUAAGAGCCAUUGAAAAUCGCAGCCUCGGUGGCUGUUACUUGAACUACAGUGAACCAUAUGUGCAAUUUUUCUUCUGUUUUGCUGAAUGCCUUUUUGUAGCAAGAAAGAUAACCUGCACAGAGUUGAAUUAUGCACAGCUUUUCUUAACUUCACUACAAGAAGGAAAUACUAAGCAUGAUUGAUAGUUUACACUUUCGUUGUCAUUUGUGAGAAUGAACGCACUGUGCUGAGCAACCAGUAAUUAAGUAAAGGGGAGGAGACUGGCUCCUUGGGUGUUGACUAUUAGCUGUAGACUUAUUUUUUUUCUGAUGAUAUGGUACGAGAAACAGGAAUUUACAAUAUUGGAAUCAGUUUUUAUUUUAAAAAGUGAAAUAAUAAUUUCUCUUCAUAAUGGGGCCUAAGCUCAUCUGUAUGGGUUUGUUUUAUCUGUUUCAAUACUACUGGGAAAAAAAAAACUGGAAUAACUCCCGUAUGAGAGUUGUAGCUGCUGUUUAAUGUGUCUAAUAUUUGAUGCCUACUGAAUUUAAUAAAUCUAAUUAAGUAUUCAUAUGUAAUCAAUUGUUCAAACACAAAAAGACUACUGAAUUAAAAGAUUAUUUUUUCAAUACUGA